AUGGCGAUAUAUCGGAUGGAAUCUUUUAUAUUUGCACGGAAUCAGUUUUUACCAUUUAUGACCCCUGAGCUGGAAUUCCAUUAUUACUACUCCAGUGUCCUAUAUUAUAGUUACAGCCUUACAGGUGCAAAUUGCAAUGCCUCCAAUGCCGAUGCUGAACAAUCCGCGAGACGUGGACCGACGCUGGCAGCACCUAGUAACAAUUUAAUGAAGAACCCUUUUGUAUCACACUCAAACAAUCUUGAUGAAUCCAGUAUAUGUGAGAUUCCUUACAAGCUAGUGGGAAGUCUACUACCCCCAUUUUCCCAUAAAUUGACAGAAGUGAGAGCCAUGAACUAUAUAAAAGUUAUAAAUGAUGAACAAGGAAGCCUUAAGUCAGUUGCAGCACUCCAAGAAUCGGCAUCUGAUUCAUUAAUCGCAAUUCUCAAGGGCCAUGUUGUGACUGCAGAGAAGGCCAUCAAAGGUGGCUCGCAUGAAAAGCUAACAAUGACAGUGGCAGUGCCAUAUCUUUGGGGGGUUCCACACUUCCACCCGCUUCUGAAACACUUCGCCUUGCUGUUCGGAGCGAGAUACUAUAGGCCAUGCCUGUCAUUAUCUCCCGAGAUACUCGAGAGAAACAUUUUGGAUCCACAAAGUCCUAAAACUAGUAUUUGCAUGAAUCAAAGGGUCCUAACUCCUAUUGAAGUCGACUGA